UCAACGGAAAGAGCCGAAGAUGUCGGCUCGGUCAUGUAAUCAGCUGGCACUGAUGAUCAGUGUGCCCUGAUGAUCAGUGUAGCCCCAGCAGUGCCACCUGUCAGUGUCCAUCAAUGCCAACUGCCAGUGCCCAUUAGUGCCAGCUGUCAGUGCUCAUCAAUGCCACUUGCCAGUGCCCAUCAGUGCCACAUCAAUGUCACAUAUCAGUGCCCAUCUUAGCUGCCUUUCAGUGUCACUUAUUGCCAGUCAGUGCCACCUAUCAAUGCCAGUCAGUGCUACCUAUCAGUGCUGCCAAUCAGUGCUGCCUAUCAGUUCCAGUCAGUG